GCAACAGUUCGCGUUUAGCGUUCGAGUUGGCUGGUUGUGUUUUUAGCUUUUGUCCGUGCAACUUGUGAUCGGUCAUCGUUUUCAGACAUACGGCGUUCCGAGGUGAACAAAUUGGAUUAAUAGGAAAAUUUUAUGUAUUCUUCUGCUGCGCGCAUACCGAAGGUGAUUUAAUUGUGUAAUGGUGCGGAAAAUUAUUAUUGUGAACAGCAAGUAAAACUAGUGUGGAUUUUCCAUUCGAAAUUGGCAUUCGCUGGAGCCAGUAACUGGAUUUGCUUCGCGAGUUCAAUUGCUUCCAGCUGGAGGAACUUUUUAUCAUCCCAUAAUCAUCGUCGGUCGUCGGAGAGUUACCGGUUCAGCUGAGAUCGCUGCCUGAGUGGUGAGUGUUUGGCAGCAAAGAAAAAUAAACCGGCCGAUCUGCAAGUCAGCGGCUCCCGUGGUAUCAGAUCAGGUGUAACGCUGUCACUUUUCAAAAGUAGCAUCAUAAAUUGAAGAGCAUCAAUGGGAAAGAUUACUGACAGGUCUCACCCUCCACCAUCACCACCAUCAUCAUCAUCGCGAAUCGCGAGUUGCGAGUAGCGAGAAACGGCCGAAUCGUGGCUAGUGUCCGGGCAGCGACCCAGCCAGUCGUCACCAUAUAGUACGCGAACGAGGUCACACCCGACGACACCAUGUGGGACUCCCAGCUGGUGUGGGCUCGGGAUUCCCACCAGGGCUACAUCCAAGGUCGGAUCACGGAGAUCGGUGCCGACGAGUACGAGGUGCAACCACUGGACAGCAAACAACCCCGGCGGAACUGCAUCCUGGAGGAUAUCUUCGCGUCCUGUGAGGCCGUGUCCGAUCACGAUGAUAACUGCGAAUUAAUGUUCCUAAAUGAGGCUACUCUGCUAGACAAUAUCAAGAACCGCUACUACAAAGACAAAAUUUACACAUACGUAGCAAAUAUACUAAUCGCGGUCAAUCCGUACAAAGAAAUCCGGGACCUGUACUCGAAGGCAACCAUCAAGCGAUACAAUGGCAAAUCCCUGGGAGAACUGCCCCCGCACGUGUACGCCAUUGCCGACAAGGCGAUCCGGGAUAUGCGCGUCCUGAAGGUAUCCCAGUCGAUCAUCGUAUCCGGUGAGUCCGGUGCCGGUAAAACCGAAAGUACCAAGUACCUGCUGAGGUACCUGUGCGAUGCGGCUGCGACGGCCGGACCGAUCGAGCAGAAAAUCCUGGACGCGAAUCCAAUUCUGGAAGCAUUCGGCAAUGCCAAAACGACCCGUAACAACAACAGCUCACGGUUCGGGAAGUUCAUCGAGGUGCACUACGACAGCAAGUGUCAGGUUGUGGGAGGAUACAUUUCUCACUAUCUGCUGGAGAAAAGCAGGAUCUGUACGCAGAGUGCGGAAGAACGGAACUAUCAUGUUUUCUAUUUGCUGUGUGCGGGAGCACCACAGCAACUGCGGGAUAAAUUGUUGAUAGGGAAACCGGAUGACUACCGGUACCUGGCGGGUUGUACGCAGUAUUUUUCGACGUCGCAAACGGACCGGAAGAUUCCAAACUCGCAAAAAUCGAAGGAUCAUUUGAGCAGGGGAUCACUGAAGGAUCCCAUACUGGAUGACUACAAUGAUUUUCAAGAUUUGGAUCAAGCACUGGCCAGGUUGGGGCUUUCCGAUGUUCAAAAAUUCCAGAUUUAUGGUUUGGUGGCAGCGGUCCUUCAUUUGGGUAAUAUCUGUUUCGAGGAAAAUCCAGAAGAUGCCAAGGGAGGCUGUCGGGUGACGCACGGAUCGGAAAAAGCGCUAGUUAUCACUGGCAGUCUGAUCGGAUUGGAUCCGUCCGAAUUGAGACAAGCUCUGGUGUCCAGAGUGAUGCAAAGUAAGGGCGGUGGUAUCAAGGGAACCGUCAUCAUGGUCCCCCUGAAGGUGUACGAAGCGAACAACGCCCGAGAUGCGUUGGCAAAGGCACUGUACUCGCGACUGUUCGAUUACAUUGUGCAGCUGAUCAAUCAGAACAUUCCGUUCCAGGCAUCCAGUUACUACAUUGGAGUGUUGGAUAUUGCCGGUUUUGAGUACUUCACGGUAAACUCAUUUGAACAGUUUUGCAUCAACUAUUGCAAUGAGAAACUGCAGAAAUUCUUCAAUGACAACAUUCUGGCAGCCGAGCAGGAUCUCUACAAGCGGGAAGGUCUCAACGUACCGGAGAUUAAGUUUACCGACAAUCAGGAUAUUAUUGAACUGAUCGAAUCCAAAUCGAGCGGUAUUUUCAAUCUACUGGAUGAGGAGUCGAAACUUCCGAAACCAUCGUUUUCUCACUUCACUAACGAGGUGCACAGUGCAUGGCAAGGUCAUUUCCGGCUGUCGUUGCCUCGAGCUUCCAGGCUGAAAGCCCAUCGUGGAAUACGGGAUGACGAAGGUUUUCUGGUGCAUCAUUUUGCCGGUGCUGUUUGUUAUAAUACGAAUCAGUUCAUUGAAAAGAAUAACGAUGCACUGCAUGCCUCACUGGAGGGAUUGGUUCAGGAAUCGGAGAAUCCCCUACUGAAGAGGCUUUUCGUCAGUGGAAAAGUGACCGCCACAAAGGGCAAACUGGCCUUCAUUUCCGUUGGUUCCAAGUUCAAAACCCAGCUAGGGGAACUGAUGGAUAAAUUGGAGAAAAAUGGCACAAACUUCAUCCGGUGCAUUAAACCCAACAGUCGCAUGAUCGACCACGAAUUCGAGGGUAGUCUCGCGUUGGCGCAGCUUAAGUGUUCCGGAACCACGUCCGUUCUGGAGCUAAUGGAGUACGGUUAUCCGUCACGGGUGCCCUUCAACGAGCUGUACAACAUGUACAUAUCGUUCCUUCCGCCGGAGCUGGCCCGGCUCAAUCCACGUACCUUCUGCGAGGCGAUGCUGCACUCGCUCAAGCUCAACAACAAAGAUUUCAAGUUCGGCAUCACGAAAGUGUUCUUCCGGCCGGGGAAAUUCGUCGAGUUCGAUCGCAUCAUGAAAUCGGACCCAGAGAACCUGCGGGCGAUUGUGGCGAACGUGAAGAAGUGGCUGGUCCGGUCCCGCUGGAUAAAAUCGGUGUUCUGUGCGAUCUGUGUGAUCAAAUUGAAAAACCGCAUCAUCUAUCGCAACAAGUGCGUGCUGGUAAUCCAGAAAACGGUUCGCGGCUACCAGGCUCGUAAGCAGCACCAGCCUCGCAUCAAGGGUAUCGUGAAGAUCAAAGCCAUCAAGACGAGCCUGGGCAAGAUGCAGGAAAUUGCCAAUCAACUGAAAGCCGAGCGCGAAAGCAUGCUGAAACAGGUGGUGGAUGUGACACGGGCCAUCGACGACGCAAUCCGUAAGAUCAAGGCAAACCCGAAAAUCAGUGCCGCCGAAAUCGACAGCCUCCACAACGGGGUGAUGGCCAAGAUUGAUGCCCAAAUGAAGAUGAUACACAUUAAGCUGCAGGAGCAGCGAAACGCCGAAGAACAGGAACGGCUACGGAAGAUUCAAGCUGCCUUUGAAGCCGAACGGAAAGCCAAAGAAGCCGAAGAACGGCUGCUACGGGAGGAGGAGGAGAACCGUAGGAAAAAAGCCGAAAUGGAAGCUAGACGUAAAGAGGAAGAGAUACGUCGUUUGAAGCAGGAGGAAGAAGAUCGGAAAGCUGCCCUUGCGUUGCAGGCCCAGCUUGAAAAAGAAGCCCAGGAAGACACCAAAUACCGGCAACAGUUGGAGCAGGAGCGACGGGACCACGAGCUUGCCCUCCGGUUAGCACAGGAAUCCAACGGCCAGGUUGAGGAUAGUCCACCGUUACUGAGAAACGGUACGCCAGAAGUUACGCCUUUGGGUAAUCCGAAUCGAUUGAUCAGAUCUGAAGCAAUUCGUGCCCAGCAGCAGCUGAUUGAGAAGCAAAAGCACGAUCUGUCCAAAUGGAAGUAUUCGGAACUGCGGGACGCCAUCAACACUAGCUGCGAUAUCGAGCUGCUGGAGGCGUGUCGCCAUGAGUUCCACCGUCGUCUGAAGGUGUAUCAUGCCUGGAAGGCAAAGAACCGCAAGCGUACCACGAUGGACGAGAACGAGCGUGCUCCACGCAGUGUCAUGGAAGCAGCCGCCCGCGCACCGCCCCGACUGUCGCAGAAACAGGAAAUCACCACCGGUUCGGUGCACCGUUACUUCCGUAUCCCGUUCGUACGACCCAGCAUCAACCCGGAGGACAACAACAAGCGGGGCUGGUGGUACGCGCACUUUGACGGUCAGUACGUGGCCCGUCAGAUGGAACUGCACGCCGAUAAACCACCGAUUCUACUGGUUGCCGGUGUCGAUGAUAUGCAGAUGUGCGAGUUGAGCCUGGAGGAAACUGGCCUUACCCGGAAGCGUGGUGCGGAGAUCCUUGAGCACGAGUUUAACCGCGAGUGGGAACGAAACGGGGGUAAACCGUUCAAGAAGGUAGGAAAGUGAAGUAUUUUGGGGUUUGCGAAUGUGUGUUCGGGUGGGAUUCAAUUUGAAAAUAUACAUGUAUUUUCGGCAACGUCAUAAAACAAACCACACAAAGUAUUUUCAUCACCAAUCGGAAGAGGUAGGAAGGGAGAGAAAGGAUAGAUAGAAUUUCGGUUGAUUUUCGAGUGUCUUACGUUUUGGUGCCUUUUUUCAUUUCAAAAACAAAAUAUAGAGAUGAUACCUGUUUUGGAGACAUUCCGAAAAAAAGAGAUAAUGAAUUCCAGUGUGAGUAUUUUGCUAUAUAUUUUUUUGCAAUAUUACCCGCUUACCUUUCGUGAAGAUGUUACAGUAACAUAGCAAAUAGUCAGCUUUUUAGUGUGAGGUUUAACGACUGUUUUAAUUUAUGCUUAAAGACAAUACUAAAAUAAUCCACGAUUACUAGUUAAAGGUUAUUUUACAGAAUUAGAAAAUCGAUUGCGUGAUUCCGUUUCAACAGCUGCCUGGGGUUGACAACGGAAAAUAAUUAUCGUCGUCUAUACACAAUCAAACAAAAAUCUAUGACCGUUCCAUAUAAUAACUGUUGGUGUCUGAAAUCCUUUAAAAAAAAACACAUAUAUUGAAAAAAAACUGAUUCUUCCUUAAGAAUAUAACAUAACAAAAUCGGUGAUACCGUUCGAACCGAAACAAAAAAAAACCCGGUGGUUCCAAAUAUAAAUGUAAAAUUCCUCGAUGAAGACCAUUCGUUUCAAAUUCUUAGCCUUAUUAGCGAGGGAAAAGAUUUAGUCGCUAGACGCUAUUUAGAUUUGCUCUAUUUACACCCUACACGGCAAACGAUUGCCGUACGAGACAACAGAACGAGCUAGUUUCAAAAACUAGACUAGACGCUAAUUCAAUAUUACGAUUAAAACUUAAAAUACUGCAGUUUUUACAAUGA